UUCAAUUUUUUAACACAUUCAAAAUCCCGCUCAUCAAAUAUGGCAGAAAAUUCAGGCGCCCUGAAACUUGAAGAAUUGCGUACAGCAGCGAGAAUAAGUAACAUUUAUCACGAUAAUAUUCGUGAAUUCCACAGAGACACGAGUUUUUCUACCGUUAUUCAUGCUAUACUGCACGCAUCAGAAUUCCUAAGCAUUUUAGCUGUUGAAUUAUUUCACCACAUCCAUCACAGCGUCAACAGAAUACUUAGAGAAGAAAAUCCGGAUAUUCCAUUCCUCCCAGAGGAGCGUAAUCUCGUAUUUUUCGGACUUCCCGUGAGCAUGACAAUUAGUUUACUCCUCUCCAUCAUGUGGAUCUUCUUCCGUACGUGGAAGUGGAAGCACCAUAUAGCGACUUGCGGGUGCAUUUUUGGGGGCAUACUGAUGCUGUUGAGUGGCAUAUUUUCUAUGAGACAUGCAGAAAUUCAUAUUAAUAUCGCGGAAGUAUCCGACGAAGAACUCAUCCGUCAUCCUAUAUUUAUUCACAAUUUCGUUAUUUGUAUUUUAUCGAUAUUUGCACUCAUGCUUUUCUUGAUCCACUUUUGGAUUCUUUACGACUGUUUACAAUGGGAGAGAAAACAUGGAGAACACAUCAGCAGGAGUUCCACUGAAAUCAGUGAUGAACCAAGCUCGAGCAAUCAUGAAAAAAGUACGACGGAGGAUCGAUUAACACCGAUUCCUACGUGGGAUGGAUUUUAUUAUAAGACUCCAACUGCAGUAAUCAAAAACGUUCAAGAAGAGCCAAUAUUCCUCUACUGCUGCUGUGUGGACCUCUGGUAUUAUUUAAAACACGAUAACAGCAAACAUCGACCAACACACGAAUUCCAAGUGGUUCACGUCUCGUGAUUACUGUCAAAAGACAAUUAA